GGGAAUUCUAUUUUCGGUUUACAACAGUAAAAGGAAGAACAAGCUAAGAUCACUACUAGUAUUACCGACGACUACGUUUGCCCUCGGAAGUGACAGACACAUUUAAAAUAUGGCGAACCUGACACCCAAGGAGAAGCAAUCAAUCCAAAACCUGAUUGGCGAAGGUCCGAAGUCCUUCAUUAAGGUAUAUAGUGCCAAGGAAGACGGAUGCAGUGCGGUGGAGUUCCAUAAAAAGUGUGAUAAUAUUGGGGCAACACUGACAUUAAUAUACAACUCGGCUGGGGAAGUUUACGGUGGAUAUACUUCGGUCAGUUGGCAGUCUGUCCCCACUAAGCAACCUGUAUACGACAACACGGCGUUCCUCUGUUUAUUACGGAAAGAAGGGAAAACAGAUGCGAUGAAAUACCAAAUAAAUCUGCCCCCGUCAGCUAUUAUGUUAGAUUCCCAAAGUGGACCAACUUUUGGUAGUGGGCCUGAUCUUCAGGUUUUCACUGGGAAAAUCUCGCCCGAUGCAGACGGCAUGUUCACACUUAACUCCAGCAUGACAUCUAUCAGCUACACUCAUUUGCCGUCAUCGCUUGCUGACGAAAUCAAACCUGACGCCAGUGCCAGUGACGUGGUUGUUUAUAGUGUUAAAGAUACGUGUCAGACAAUAAUGGCGAAACCGUGGAGAUUAGAACCAAAAUUUGAAAAGGAGUAUCUAAGAGACUUGGUGGACGAAGUUGAAAGCUACUGGCCUCUUAAGGAUAUGGGCGUACCCGAGGAUGCGUUACAAAACGUCAAUAUUCUCUUCAUCGGACCAAUAGGGGCAGGCAAAUCGAGUUUUCUAAACUCGGUGGAAUCGGUGUUUCGUGGUCACGUGACAAUGUCUGCUAGUGCCGGAAAUCGUACGAAAAGUGUGACGUCAGCAUACCGACAGUACCCAAUCACGGCAUCAGAUAAUCGCCAUUACCUAAAGUUCCAGCUAUGUGAUUGUAGAGGAUUGGAUGAUGGAAAUAACAUCACCAAGGAUGUAGAGGCUAUACUGGAGGGACAUACGCCAGACAACUAUACAUUCAACAUAUCCAACCCACUGACGAGUACAACCCAUGGCUUCAGGAAAGACCCAAAACUCAAGGAUAAAAUUCAUUGUGUGGUAUACGUUCUGGACGCAAGUAAAUAUUCUGCUGACUUCGAAAUGUCCUUCGUUACUGAUGACGUCAGGGACCAGAUUAAGGAUAUCCAAGACAUUGUUGAUCAGAAAGGAAUUCCACAACUGAUCUUGCUGAACAAAGUAGACAUGGCUUGUCUCCUGACAAAACAAGACACAUCACACGUCUACCGCAGUGAAACAAUUCUACAGAAGUGUCAGGACGCGGGCAACUGUCUAGGUCUCCCACCAAUGACUGUGUUACCGAUGAAGAACUACUUUAUGGAACCUUCUACCACGGAUGACAUCAGCAUCCUUGCAUUAUACAACAUCCGGCAGAUGUUACGAGCAGCCGAUACCUUCCUCCGCGUCAAUCACCUCGACGAACUCCGGGCAGAUAGAUACGAAUCACAGUAUAGUUAGAGAUCGAAAUAAUACAAUCAAGUUUAACGAACCUGACAGCAAAUGCACUUAAAGUUAAAAACUGGUGUCAAUGGAAGACUUGCAGAUAAGGGGAAUACACGAAGAGACAUCGUCAGUUUAAACAUCUAUGACAUAUUUUGUCUCUACAUAGAUGUAGUAUAUCUAGCUAUUAUAUGUACCUACGUAUAUGUUUGUAAGACAUUUACCCGCUAAUUGUAUGUUUUUCCGUGAUCGUUUCUUUAUAUGUAAUACGAAAACAUAUUUCUUCAAAUUUGUUCCAUAUCAAUUACGAAAGCAAUUGUGUAUUAUGGUCAUUAGCAAUCGGAGAAGGUUUGCUGAUAAUUGAUCAGUGUUGUUCAAAUAUGGGCAACUAGUUAUCCAAACGUUGUGCAGAAUUUAUGUGCUAUAGCUUAGUGAAAUAAAACUGAAUGGUAGGUAAUGGAGAAGAAGUGUGUUACUGAUAGGAGACACAUUGGAACGGUACAUUUCUGAACAGAUCAUAUUUUGGAAAAAAUGGCACGAAACGUUGAUAAUUUUUUUUCUUUUGGGAAAAGAUUUGUCAUUUUUCGAUGUUUGAAUCCAUUAUAUUCAUUAUCUCUAACAGUUGGUCAUUGGACCAUACGUUUGUUUUAGUUAGUGUUCUAAAUGUCCAGUGUUGACGAGCUUUGAAAAAAACAUUUUAGCUAGAAGAGGUUGGUAUUGAUGCGAACAAGUUAGUAAGCUUAUUGGUAUUUAUAAGAAAAUUUCAGUAAGAUGGUUAGUAUUCAAAAGAAUUUUCCUGUAAGAUGGUUGGUAUUCAAAAGAAAAUUUAAUUAAGAUGGUUUGUAUUCAUAAGACAAUUUUAGUAAGAUGGUUGGAAUUCAUUAGAGAUAUUAUGAUGAACAAAAGUAAAACAUUGAUUAAACACUCUUUGUAAGUAUCUAAGUAGUGUAUAGUAACAGCUAAAUAAUGGUUUGUCGGUAGAUUAUUGUAUUUGUAUAUAUAUUAUAUUUAAUCAGCAAUUAGUCAAUUUCAAUUUCAAACAAUCUUAUUGACAAAAAUACAAUUGUCAAAGGGAUAAGACAUCAGGCAUUGCCUAUAUAAGUCUUCUCCCUAAGAACAAUACAGUGGUACAAAAUACAGACAUUCAUUAACAGUACACAUACUCAACACACAACAAAACAAUAACAGUCAUCUAAAUUAAACUGUAAACAAAUGAAGGGAGAUAACUCCAAUAUGAUUAUCAUACUUAAAUGAGAUUUAAAUGGUGUAAGAAAAUAAAUAUAUAAUUCAAAUUUUUCCUUAACAUAAUAACUUGAAUAAAUGAUUCAAUUUUUUAGUUGGUGACUAUAUUUUGCAAAUAUUUAGUGAAAUUGUGGCCCCCUCCAAAUACAGAUACAGGCCAAGGACUGUCCAUUUCACUCUAAGUAGGCCAUCCACUGAUGAGGAAGGAGACACAACUACACAAAACAGUUUGCUUUUUAAAUGGAAUCAGGGUUUAUUUAGUAUUUUCGUUUCAAUGGGACAUUGUUUUUAAAAAUUCAUAUUGGAGUUUCACUUCAUGAGAGUAAAAAA